AUGCCAAGAUUUCAGAAUGGCAGUUCUAUGGUUGAUCAAAUGACAAGACUCAAACUCAAACUGGUGGAGAAGAGACUGUUAAACGAAAAGCACAAUAUGGACGAUAGAGCGGAGUCUGCCCAGUCUGCAAGGAGUUAUGAUGGACAUCUAGAUCAACUGCACUGUGCACUGAGGCGAAAGCAGGACCUACUGAAAAGACUCCGGGAGCAGCACAUAUUAGAGGACCUCAACAGACCUCACACCUGGGGAGGGUCACACAAAAAGUACAUGUCCCAUUUCUUCACUUCCCCUCAGCCGCCUCCACCACUCCUACUCCACCAGCCAGCCCCUGCUCUGUCCUUUCUGACCCCUCCACCGCCUGCCCUGACUCAGCCUCAACGCAUCAUCCAGCAGACUCUCCCCCAGCAGCCUGCCACCAUCAUACAACAGCUGCCACAACAGCAGCCUCUGAUUACUCAGAUUACCCCACCGCAGCCCUACCCGGCACCGCGCUCAGGCAGCAUCAAAGAGGACAUGGUGGAAUUGAUGCUCAUGCAAAAUGCCCAGAUGCACCAGAUCAUAAUGCACAAUAUGAUGCUGAAAGCCACGACUCCUACAUCACCACCUGAAGUGCCCCGUUUCUGUGUCCCUCAAACUACAUAUCUUGGGCAGGACACUUACUAUGGAAACCCUAUAUUGGUAAGGCCAGAUGUUAAACCAAGAGGAAAUGCUGUACAUCAUCAUCACUAUGGUACUACCCCUGCAGCACCACAUCUGCCUCCCAUCAGCCACCCCGCAUGGCCACCAGAGGUGAGAUCUGUCCAAUCAGAAAAAGCAGGAGGACAUCUACCCUCCAUACACCACGUAACAGCCUCUCUAACACUCCCACCACUCGAUGGGUAA